CAGGAUAUUCCACGAUGAUGGAGGAACAUACUCUUUCUUCCGGUCUCCUGUAUCUUCAUCCAAGCGAAAGCCCUGCAAUUUCCCUUGUUUCCCCUCUCUUAGAAUCCAACAAUUACCAUGCUUGGAGCAAAUCAAUGUGCACAGCCUUGAGUGCCAAGAACAAGAUUCAAUUUAUUGAUGGUACCGCUACACCGCCGCAAAAGGAAGCUGAUUUUUAUCACGCAUGGACAAGAUGCAACAACAUGGUGGUCUCUUGGCUCGUACAUUCUGUAUCUCCGGACAUACGCCGCAGCAUCCUCUGGAUGGAUAGCGCCCAGGCCAUAUGGGACGACCUAAAAUCAAGAUUCUUCCAAGGAGAUCUCCUACGCAUUUCUGAGUUACAAAAUGAAGCCGCCGCUCUAAAACAAGGGGAAAGAACCGUGACAGAGUUUUUUACCAAGUUGCGUAUAAUAUGGGAUGAGCUCGACAACUUUCGUCCUGAACCGACCUGCUCCUGUGAAAUCAAGUGCUCUUGCAAACUUAUUUCAACAAUUGCUCAACGAAAGCAUGAAGAUCGGACUCUACAAUUUCUUUGCGGACUGAAUGAACAAUACGGUAACAUUCAGUCUCACGUUUUGCUUAUGGAUCCUAUGCCUCCCAUUUCAAAAAUCUUUUCCUAUGUUGUACAACAAGAAAGACAGGUUAUGAGCAAUAAUUUUCUCAAUGGGUUGGAAAUUAAACACGUUGCUGCUGUCGGCAUCGUCACUUGUUCCUAUUGUGGCAAAAAUGGUCACAACGAAUCGGUUUGCUUCAAGAAACAUGGAUUCCUAGCUAACAAAAAUACUACUGGUAAGAAGAUUUGCUCUCAUUGUGGAAAAGCUGGACAUACCAUUGAAGUCUGCUACAGGAAACAUGGGUUUCCUCCGGGUCAUAAACUCCAUAAUGGAAAAAGUUUCAUGACUACAAAUCAAGAUACCAAGAAUGAUGGUUCU